AUCAGCCGCGGGCCUCAAGGCAACCAUCAAACCCCACUCCGACGAAGACCCAAGACAUUAGCCAACGGCGAAAGUGGAAGUGACCUGCCUUGUUGCAACCGUCGUAGCUUCCAUGAAGUUCGCUUUGCGGAGUCGACGGCCUUUGACCUUUCCACAAGCGCUUCUUUCGUCUCCGCCGAUCGUAUCGGUGACGCGUCAAUACCUUUCACAAGGGGCAGGAGCUGACACAGUAGGCAACUUUCAGGGCAAGUGGAAGGCAGGGCGGAUUGAAAAAGGGAUUCAACGCAUGAAGGAGCUCCACAGCGAAAUCGAGCGAAACUGGCUGCCCGACAAGAGGAAGUCCAGUUCCCGUCCCACUCCCCGGCCGUUCGUGAGUCUGGCAUCUUCACCUCACCGUCUCUUCACCACUGCAACAACGCUAAUGCGAACUGCUCCUACGGGCUGCAACCUUGGCAUUUUGGAUGAUCGAGAUGGAGGGAUCUUGUGCUUGUUGACAGGAUCAUCGAGAUCACGAGGCUUGCGGGCUUGCGGCUCAGUUUUCGAAGGACCAGGCGACUACACGAUAGCUACAACACCAAUUUCAACUCGGACGAUCACUGCACCCACUUAGCGAAUGCAUCACAAAGUUCACGGCGCUAUGGCCCUGAUCGGCUCAAACUUUUCAUUGAAAAGCGAAAUCGGUAGCUGGGUAUAGACUAAACCCACUUUUAUGCUUAGUCAACACGCCCAGCCGCCCAGCCCAGCCCAGCACACCGUAUACAACUGAGGCUAUAUAAUCGAUGCCCGCGCAUUGCUAGAUCUAUGUCGUCGUCGUCAUUUUUUUACGUAAAAGUAUUCAAAGUCAUCAAUCUAAUCAAUUAUCUACUACUAAGGGUAUUAAUACUAUAGUUGCCAAUAAUACUACUAUCCUCCAUA